AUGGCGCGCCGACGUAGACCGCCCCGGGCGGGCGCCCUCCACGAACUGCAGCCCCUGCGCACCGCCGCGCAGAUUGCCGUCCUGCAGCUUCUCUUCUACGCCGUUGCGCUGGUCCUCAUCGUCUUCACCUCGCUUGUUGCCGGGCAGCCCAUGAGCGUGGACCUGCUGCUAGGGUGGGAAUCUGUCCGGGGCGACAACACGCAGGGCUGGCUGAUGGCUUUCAUCUGGCUCUUUGACGGUGCUUUUUGCAUGGCCGUGGCCAUUGUCAUCCUCAUCGCCCGCAGCAAGCUCGUCCCCGACUUUGCCCUCACGAUUCACGCGCUCCACCUCGUCGUCGUCACGCUCUACACGCGCUCGCUGCCGCGCCACGCCAUGUGGUGGCUCACAAUGGCCGCGUCGUCGGCCGCCGCCGUGGCGCUCGCUACCUGGGGCUGCCGCUAUCGCGAGCUGCAGCCCGUUUUCUUUGGGGGCCGUAUCCUCGGCGCAGGGGACGGCGGCGCGGCCUCGGCGGCGCGGGCCAGCUCUCCGCCACCGGGGUCCAGCGGUACCGCGGCAGAUCUUGAGACGGGGCGUGGGCCGGCAGGGGAUGACGAGACGGGCUUUGUGCAUGGAGGUGGUGGUGGCGGCGGGCGCGGCAAGGGCCGCGGGAGGGACGGGCAGGGCGAGUACGAGAUGGUGCAAAUGAGGAACUCGUCAUGA